AUGAGGAAUGUUUUAUAAAAAGAAGAAACUCAUAGAAGCUAUGUAAGAGCUAAAAUAAUAUUCCUUUUUGAAAACAUCCGGACAAAGAAAUUGAGAAGAUAAUUUUUUUAAUUAUAUAAUAUUGAAAAAUGGAGAGUAGCUUUUACUUAAAAAAAAAAUAAUUAAAAAAAUGAAAUAGCAUGUUAAAUUUGUGAAUGA